AUGGAGUGGCUCACAUCGGAUCGAAUAUUGCGAGACCAGGACCUUCGGACCCUCAAGUUCUCAAGAAUGAGGAGCCUGACCAAUGCUUGUGUCACAGCCCAGAGUCUCGAGUCCGACGAAGAAUGGGAACAAUGGCUUGAGAACGAGGAGGAAAUGCGCAGCAAAAAGUCUCCAGAUGGAAUCACCUUACUGUUCUGUGGACGAGCAAAACCAAGGUUCCCGGGAAUGGAGGUCGCCUACCUCCCCUUUUCCAAAGACAUCUGCAAAAGGGUUGCCAGCGUCCUGCAGAUCUAUGGGUCUAUCUCACGGGUCAUCAACCGCAGUGCCAGGGCAACCUUCGUGGCCCAGCGCACAACACAAUCCCACAAGUCCUCCCCAGUGCUCCUCUACAACUGCAGGUCUUCGGAUAAUUGGGAGAAUGACCUUGCGCUCUCCGUGACCUACUCUCCCGAACACAAAGCGACCCAAGCAGUGCUGUACGGCUGUGACGACGACACGCGAGACAAGAUACACCAGCGCUUGUCGCGGAGUGCAUGCGCGGUACAUCACCCCCUUACUCUGCCCCUAAUUUUCGCAGAACAUGAGCGAGACCGGCUCUUCGGAAAGGUAGAUCCACUGGUCACCAAACUCGUCGAAAGGGCCUUGAGCAUCAGCAAGCCCUCCGCAUUCACGGAAUCUAUGCAGAAGACGUUUCAAAGCAGCGCGGCAGGUGGCAACCCAGCCAGAGAAGAGUCACCGGAGGAGCUGAUGAAGAUGUGGCUCGGUGUCAGUGCGCUGAGGCGAGGUCUCGAGGCAUGGAAGGCCCAGCUGCUGAAGAUGCAGUCCCACUGCCGAACUAUGAAAUUUGAAGAGCCAUCACCAGGGAAUCAUACACAACGUCAAAUUGACGAACUUCGAGAACUUGCGGAAACGGGAGAGCGAAUCGAGCAGAGACUGGUGGAGUUGAUUGGGGAGUUCGACGAGAAAAUAGGAGACUGCGUGACGGUCACUGAUGGUAUGGUUCUAGCGACCCAGCUGGAAUGGAACAAUAUCGGCCAAGCUGAUGCUCGAACCAAUGUUGACAUUUCAAGAUACAACCUCGGAAUAGCCCAGGCAACACACAGCGACAGCAAGCAGAUGCGCUCCAUAGCCAUGUUGACAAUGAUCUUUCUACCCGCUACUUUCGUCGCAUGGACAGCAAAGCUAACUUUUGACUAA